CUCAGUGCCUGAUAAGCAGUUCUGUCGUUCCAUGGAGAAUCUCAGCUGCAGCAGUGCCUUGAUGGACAAACACAGAGUCUCAGCGCGAGGACGUUUCCCGACGUUACCCCUCUCCAGUUCCUCUGCCUCACCCUCGGGUCACCUCUCGGUUCCAGGCGUCCCGAUCGCCCGCAGCCAAAGCUCCAGCAACCUUCCCCAGAACCCAUACCAGAACCAGGACCCGAGCCCCAGCAGCCCGACUAAAUCCUGCAGCCAGUGGGACAUGAGCGCGGCCGCUCACAGACACACGCAGGGACGCAUACAGAUCUCAUCAUCUGCCUACAUUUCCCAGAGUUCCCUGUCAGAGCAGGGGAAGCAGCAGUGGGCGGAGCCUCCCAAGCCGUUGCCAGGUCAACGACCCCUGCAGACGCUGCAGCUGUGGGAUCAGUACUGCGAUCCCGGAACCGGACGCUGUUACUACGUCAACACCGUUACCGAGGAGCGCUCGUGGAAACCUCCGCGCAGAGCCCGCGAGAGCCCCGCCCACCAAAACAAGGUGAGCGACCAAUCAGAUCCCCGGAACCAGCGACCGUGGACCAAUCAGAGACGGCCAAUCACGCUUUCCAUUUCCAUUUAG